GGGUGUUGUCGGCGUUUCCCUCCAGACGUACAUCAUUUCAGCCCAGCCUACAGCUGCUACCACAGAGAUGGCGAGCACAGCAUUGCGGGAAUAACUGAGACUGCAUGCCGAGUUCGUCCUUACAAGAGACACAGGUGACGGACUUUCAGAUGACGGACUUUGUCAUUCAAGAAGGACCUAUUUAUUCCUGGUGUUAAUAAUGCAUAGAGGGAGCUCGGUCCUGCAGCUGCCACUGCGUUAAACCUUGUCAACCUUGGGGAGGCAGGUCGGUUUGGACAGUCAGAACUCCUCGGAGCCGGCUGCUUCUGCAGCUCAAACCGGAUCUCACGUCGAGACAUUUUUUUGCUGCAUUCACGAUGAUCUGAGCGUGACUUACGGGCGCUGAGUAGAGGCAUCCCUCCUCUCUCUCUCUUCCCCCCUUUCUUUCUCUCUCUCCCGCCUCCCCUCUCUGUCUUUCUCUCUUUUCUUUUCGUGGCUUCAGCACAGGCUGCUCAGUCAGUUUGCCCCCCUCUUUUUUUCCAGCGCUGGGGAAGCUGAUAGCAAUGGAACGACUCGGGUUCAGUACCACGGAGAGCGCUCGACUUCUGCUGCUCUGUGUGUUUGGUGUGCUAGCGCUGUCCGUGGUGCUGGCGGAGCAGGAAGGGGAGAACCUGUCCGGCCUCUCCAACAACCCAGACAAAGCCAUCUUCGCGGUCCGAGAGAACGGCACAACAUGCCUGAUGGUGGAGUUCGCCGUGAAAUUCCUCGUGCCAUAUGACGUGCUCGCGCUCAACGGCAUAGACCUAAUCACCGAGCAGGCGUCGUUCACUCUGCCCCGUAGUGCGGAAAUCGAGGGGAAAUGUGGGAGCACGGAGUCAGAGAUCCACAUAACCUGGAAGAACAACGCCUACAUUCUCCGCAUCUACUUCUCUAAGGAGUCCCGUGACAAGGACAUUGAGGUGUGGAAGGUUAGCAAGGUCCAGUUCGUCUACGACACCUCGGAGACGUCGCAAUUCAUCAACGCAUACAACCCUGGGAAGCACACAGCCAGCACCCACCGCCUGUCGGCCCUGGUGACCCCCGCCGGGCGCUCCUUUGUGUGCACAGCACAGCAGACUCUCACCCUCAUCUCAAGCGACCACCAGAAGGGCAUCACCGUCUCCAUGUAUGACAUCCAGAUCCAGCCCUUUGACAUCGCCUCUGACUUCAUGUUCAGCGAACCCUACAAGUGUAUCACCGACCAGCGGGAGCGCCUGGAGGAGACCCUCCCCCUCAUCCUGGGCUUCAUUUUGGCCCUCAUCAUCGUCAUCACGCUCACGGUAUACCACUUCCACCUGAAGCUGACGGCGAACCAGCCCCAGCUCCCCAGAGAUCGCUCCAUGUACAAGAACAUGUAGUCAGCUGCACAGCGGCAGCUCGCUUAGAUCUCUCUAAAGCUAACCUGAUAAAAAAUUGAAAAAAAAAAAAGACUUGUCUCCUCGAUGUCCCAGGCCUAACACCACGGAGGAAAGUGCCAUGCAGUGGACUGAAUCCCUGACAGGGGAAAUGUGUGUAGGAAAUAUGUGGGACAGCUUGGGGCCUAGCAUGGAUGUAGUUGGAGGGUAAACCCACCAAAACCUGAUUUACCCGGCUGCUGAAUUGAAUCUUAAUGCCAUAAAUUCAUAGUCUGUGUUACAGUAAUUACAAUUUUAAUGAAAAUAAAAACUAAAAUGUAUGCUUUAAUGAAAAUAUAAUGGAUUAUUGUUCAGAUUGGUGGUUGAUUAUCUGAAAAAUCACCAACUUGAGGUUAGUUUACCAUUUUUCUCCCCCAUUAAAAAAAAAUAUAAAAAUCACAUCAGCUAUUUUUUUCCAACUUCUCUAUGAAAGAAAUUUCAGGAAAAUUGCCAGAGCUUCUGCUGUCAUUUGCCAGCAGUUUGUUGUUUUCUCUUGUCUUCUCUUUCUGAAACUGCUGCUAAAUAAUUUCAAUACCAAUUGUUGGUUCUGUAUUUGCUAAUCUUGAUCUAAUUUUUUUGUUGUUCAAGAGUCCCUUUUAUUUCAUUUUUGAAUGCCUUAGUGUUUCACAGUGGACAAGUCUUGUAGUGUGUACAGUGCAGUGGCAUUCAAAGUUGCAGUGUUUUUGCUUUGACUUCAACAAAUCUUUCUCCCCACCAAUGUGUGUAACAUAUCAAAAAAAGGGAAGAAAGAAAUACAUAAACACCUGACAAACAUCCUGUACUAAAUAGUGAGGAAUUUAUCAGAAUGCCAUAUGAAAGUGUUAUGAAAAUACAAGGAGGUUAUUCAAUUAAAAAAAAAAAAGAAUAUGUGUAUAAUAUUUUAAGAAUCAAAGUCUAUGCAUAAACCUCUGCUGAUGCAAUCUUGUGCGGUACUCUUCUGUUCAUUGAAUUAAAUUGCUGGAAUCAUCUCUA